UUCGGAAAUGUUCAAGAAUAUUUGAGAGAGAAACGUCACUUAAUUUGUUUUGGUUAGUUUGAUUUUGACGUCUCAGGUGAAAAUUGUUCCUUCUGUUUGUAAUAAUCAGAAGUAAUAUUAAGAAUUGUACCUGAGUGCAAAAUAUCUACGGUUAUAUAGUAAUAACGCUGGCCAAUACGAGGGGUGACGAUUACGAAAGUAUGGAAGUAGAUCAAUUUGCAGUGGACUUGUAUGCCGGCGAGGGCUCGCGGCUGCCCCUCAUCGACGAAUCUGCCACUUUCGGGAACCAGGCGCCGAAAGACAGACUGAUAGCCAUCUUGGAUCAAGUGGAGAUGCGCGUGGAGCGGCUGCGGCGCGACACGGUCCGCAUCGAGGAGGAGCGGGACUCCUUGCUGUCCACCCUCGACAGCAUCAAACACUCGGAACUGCUUGGUGAUGUGACAGAAUGUGACAAGGACGACAUCACCCGGUACGCGGACCGCAUCCUCGCCAGGGCGAUGACGGUGGAGGUGGCUGUUCGCACCGACCGGGACGCGCAGCAGGAGGAGGCUUUACACCAGGUGAACAUGUACAUAGACCAGCUGGUGAUGACGGUGCACGACGACGCGGUGAUCGCUCACACGCGCUGCCAGACGUUCAUGAACGCGUGCACGUCGCAGCCGGACCCGUCCACCGGCACCGACAAGAACUUCGAGUCCGCCAUCCUCGGCUGCACCCUCGACGAUCAGAAACGAGUCAAGAAACGCCUGCAAGGUCUCCUCGACUACUUCGCUAAACUCAACGUGACCACCUGCUCGUGAGUCGCAGACAUGCUUGACAGCAUACUUGUCUUUCGCUGAGCGUGACGCUUCGCCUUUAUUUGGACAGUGCGUGCGAGGAGGCCGUAGUACACCAGACACCAGACAAACAGUGAUACAUUGUGUGUGAGCGUUUCUACUGUUUACGAAUACUGAAUCCAUUUUCUUAGUUAAGUCUGUCGUAUCGUACGAAGUGGUUAAACUGAAGUGGUAUUCAGUAUUCGCCUGAAUGUCUUUCAAUUUCAUUCAUCGUAAUGUUUACAGCUAAGAUCUGGUUGCCUAAUCAUCUAUAUUAAUGUGCUUUGUUACAGUAAACUAAUAGGCAUUUUAAGUCAUUUUUAACACGUUGAAUGAGCGAUUGAAAAUAAUGCUUUUAUUAAAAAUAGCUUUACUUAAACUCAAAUAUUCACUUGUCCAUGUUCACAUAACAUGAUGUAACUCAUAUGUUAUUUUACCUUUAGGCCUGACAUUCAACGUGUUACAUAUGAUAUCUCGUAAGACACGAUGCCCACUUUAACGCCGUUUAGUCAUACGCGGCACUUGACUGUUAGCUCAGCCGUAACGAACUCGAUAAACGCUCAUAUGAAAUUGAAAUGACGUAAAUUGAACAACAAGUACACAUAUGAAUGAACAUCGUUAUCUAGUCUUGCAUUUAUUUAGGAAAUAUGAAACUUGGUAACAUGAUUUUAUUUUAUAUUUACAUUAAGAAUUUCUUCCUUGUGUCGCGGGAGGUUUCACGAACACUCAAGUCACAGGAAAAAGCACAAGACUUCUAGACUCAGAACAAGUAAUUUGAUAACCCAAACACAAACUUUAGUGUGAUUUUCAUGGCAUGUACUUAGGUGACAGCCCCAAUCGAUUUUUUCCAUCCGACGGAUCGUUUUGCGAUUGUGACGAGUUAUCCUAAAGCCGCGAUAUUACUUAUCUCGAUGAUUAUAUACACAGCUGGAUACAGGUCUUCUUCCUGACACAUUUUUCUACCUUGUCUCUCAUCCAGGUGUUUCUAGCGAACUUAGCUAUAGAGCUUAACACAACAUCUUUUGUCUACUGACCCAAUUUCUUCUAAACAAAAACAUAUUAAACCAUGAGACCAAGUUUUCAUAUUUUCUUAACACUGAACACAUUACAUAUAUCCCUUUAGUACCUAAGACCAUAUUAUUAGUUUUGGAUUCGCUCAGACACUACCACUGUUUUAGAUCACACUAAUUAAAAGCUGAUUUAGACGUUGCGAAAACUUCUAACCAAUUGCGAUACAUUGCUGGCGAUUAUAUAUAAUUUUUGAUUCGAGACCUGUUCGACGGCGCAAUGUAUUGCAACGCAUGAUAUUUCUCGCAUCGUCUAUCGACGCAAGUGAUUUAAACUAUUAACGUGAUAACAGAAGUAACCAAAGUAGGCCCCUCCUCUCGUCAGGUCCACCGCAGUUAAAGCUUGGCAAUUGUGAUAAUUGUUCAUUGUAUUUUUAUUUUAGACGUUUUACCAAGUGUAUAGGAACUUGUUUAAGACUGUGAAGAAGUAAGGCUGCUGUACCAUCAAGGAUGUUUGUGGAUUGUGGAAAUGUAACUCUGCAUAGUAUUUUGUAGAAAUUUGAACCUUUUGAACCUUGAGAAUAGAGUCCAUACUUCUGUAUGAUAUUUCUGCUAUGAAUCUUUGUUUGUCUAGUCUAGCUGCUUUUAAAAGUUACGCUAAAUUCACCAAUCGAGCAAGAAUCUGAUUCUGGAACUGUAACCCUAAUCGUAAGGCAAUAAGGUCUGAAUAACAUGUGGUUCAAGUUUUAUAUAAAUGUUUCUUGAUAAUAUGCUGCUUUACAAGUAGUUCUUAAAACUCGUCGAAAUUAGAACAACAACUAUAAAAAAUAUGUUCGUUUACACUUAGUGAAGCGUCCAAGUAGUUUGUAUUCUUAGUAUUUUUUUAAUUAUUCCAUUGUUAGCGAUGUGGAAUGUUUUGUUUUUUGCGUUUAUUCAUACGGACCAUUAAUUAUUGUAGUUUACUUGUAAAAUAUAUCCUACUGCCGAAAUGAUUUAUAAACUUGUGUAUAAUGCUCCACACUGCGUUGCAGUUCGCUGCUUCGAUUGUUUAAUUUAUUCUUAAUAUGUAAAUAGUUUAUAUAACUAAUAUUAUUAUAUUAUGGUAACAUUAUGGUUAUAUCUCUCGGAUCCUAUUUGAUUCUCACGUUCUCAUGAAGAAUUAUGUUUUGUUCCGAAUAUCCUUGUGAAAGGAUUCAAUUAAACAUAUGCUAAGUAAGGCUCUGAUCCCUUUAAUGUUUAAAUAAGACAUUGCGAUAGUAAUACAUACAAUUGUGCAAACUUAUUGCCCUGUCGCGACGUGACCAAGAGCCGUUAAUUCUAAGUACUGCAUUUGUAGAGGCUUGUGACGUCAUCACAUGCUAAACCAGGUGAAGACGGAUGACUAGUAGUUCUAUAUCUGUGUACUCUCUCCAUAAGGUGUAUAACGUAAGUUCUUAAUAAAUAGUCAAGUUUUUAUACGUAGCGAAGUAAAUUGCACUGAUAAUGUAUGUGCUAUGUGUCUAUAUACAUAAGGUCUAUAAUAAGUAACUACGGUUUGUGAGGCUGUUAUGAGUAGCCCCGCCUACUGCCGCCCCUUGAAGUAAUAUAGUUGCGGCUGUGGGAGAAAGAUGUCGCUCUACUCUGUGUAUAGCGCUGUCACGCUUCCACAAGUGGCGGUAGACUCUCUGAUCACGAAUGUGAUUGUUUUAAUGAAAAUAUUCAAUUACGAAUUACACUUGGGUUUCCUUGAGGUUUAAACAGCUGAUUCAAAACCUUGCGAGAACUGGCUUUCAAAAUGUUAAAGGCUAGCUAACAGCUAUAACUCAUGUGAUUUAACAAAAUAUUGACAGCCAAUCAUAGCGUCUCAAGUCUAAAUGAUGACAAACUCAUGUAAACCCUGAUUGGUAAUUCAGAAAUUGGAGUUUUAGCGUAUCGAACAUAUACAUGUAGCUUUAUUAUUAAUGUAUAUUAAGAACCCUUAUCUACUCAAAUCCCAUCUCUAGUUUAAAACAAACACUGUGUGAGCAGACAGGCACUCUUUAACCGUUUAAGAAUUUUAGAAACAUCCUGUACUUACUUCAUUCAAAAUGAUGCUCAAUUUUUUAUCCGAACACAGUUAUUUUAAAUUGUAAAUUAUAGUUUCGAAGUAUAUGUAUAGUAUAGUUAUGAAAUAUACUAUUUUCUAUGUGAAACUGUCAAUUGUUAUCUAGAUAUAAUUUUGUGCUUCCUUCAGCUGCUAAAAGUGUCUAAAAUUUAUUUUGUUAUCGUUCUUGCUUACAAGCAUUACUAAUAUUUGAUUCAUCACAAUGUGUACCGAAUUACUAGUCUAAUGCCCGUAUACUGAAACGCUAUUUACUUUUAAAGCGAGUCUCGUGCCGUCUGUGUCGUUUUCAUACCUAAAGUUGAGACAGAUAUACUUUUAAAACAUCUUAAAGUUGCGUUCCAGUAUUGGGCUAGCGAGCUUAUCGACUGUCUUCAGGGUACAAUAGAUGUCGGCUAAAAGCGAAAUUAGCCAUUGAUUUGAUCAAAAUAAGUUAAAUGAAAGAUUUAUAUUUUGUUUAAAUAAUUAUAAUAUUACAGUUAUUUAAUAUUUAUCUCUUUAAAUGUCUUUUAGUCACCUUUGCUAUGUCUUAUGUUGUCUUUCCUAAGUCUUCUUGAUAGUGUACUCUGUACUAAGUACAAUCUAUGAUGUAUAAUAUAAGCUUUGGUCGUAGGUCGCCGUACUUAUUGGUUACUACACUGCCUGCUUUACAUAAUUCUAUUUGAAAGGAGGUAUGAAAGAAUAAAAAAGAAAUAAUAAUAAUAAUUUGCUACCAGUCUGUUUAGCUCUUAGGACUUUUGUAAUAGUGGAAGGGAGAUGGCAAACUACAUUGCGUCUAGGUGUGUCUCGCUUCCACGCUUUUCUCAAUGCGCGCUGUGUAUAUUAUUUUAACCAACGAAAGGCUAAGCCUAUACAAAUUUUACUAAAUUCGAAAAUGCAACUUUUGUCUUAAACAAGAAGACACAAUAGCACUUGUAUUUUCUUUUAUACUGCGAUUGGCUAAAGAGCUCGUAUUAAUAUUAGCAUUUUAAUCUAGUGCCUGAUUUUUAAACAAGAACUUUAGCGUGGAACAUAUCCGCUACUGUGGUAAUGUAACUGGCCACAAAUAAUAUGACUACAAUUUGGACUUCCUUUGUGUAGUCUGUGGGAUGCAAAGGUGGAAACAUACUAAUUAAACGCGAAGCCACGUCACGGCAUUCUACUCGUGUCAGUAGGCAAAUGCCAUCUCAGCAAAGCGUGUUGCAGCAUCACGUAGCGUGUUGGUAAUGUAUCCAGUGUUGACAAGUGGAUUCGGGUAGCGUGUUUCUAGUAUGUUUCCAACUUAAUAAAUGUUUUAAACUUCGAUUGAUAAUUAUAACCAGCGGAUCUUGGUGCCUGUUUUUCGAUAAGGUAUCCUAAAGUUUAAAUAUUUUAUAUUUAUUCUCUACCGGACAGCGAUAUUUUGUCUACUACCUACGCGUACUUUUAGUCACGUUAUUUGAAACCAGUUAUAAAUAAAGACUAUCUCGCUUUAGUGCCUAAAAUGACUGAUAAUUAUUGACACUUUCACCCUAUAUGUCUAAAUGUGUCGAUUGUAAGAAAUUUUUCGAAGCGUGUAACGUUUGUCGCAUUUUUAAGUUCAUUAGCUAUUAUCGUACGAUUUGUAAAGUUAUACCUAAUGGCGUCAUUUAAUAUAUACCAUAAUGUGAAA